GAUAUAUAUAAUAUUAAAAAUAUAAUAUGAUUAACCAUUAAAUCAAAACGGGAUAACGCUAAAUUCUGGAUUCAUCUCCGUUCCCAUCUCUAUUUAAAAGGGCAAGAUGCUCAUCUUCCUUUGGCUUAAGAAAUUUGUGUUUAAUUUUCUCCAAGCCCACCCUGAUACUAAUAAACAUCUCUUCCUCUGUAGCUAGAUUGAAGAGUACUUGUCAAGUCUAUCCUUCCCUCAAGAUGAAAAUUUUUAAUUGGAUUCAAACCAAGAUUAAUGGAAAGCAAAGUACGUAUAAGUCAAAUCCAGUGGCAGUCACGCAUCAUAUGUUCCAUCAAUCAUACAAAGAAGAAUUCAGUGACUGGCCUAAUGAACUGCUUGCUAUUGGGACAUUCGGAAGUCUGAAAGACGGUGGGAAGUUGAAACAACAAGAUCAAAGCCUUACAGCUGAAGAAGUUGGGCAGCUUCACAAAGAACUAAAACAUCUAUUACCUGAUGAAGAAAGUAGUCCCCUUUCAGCCAAGCUAGGAUCAAAAAAGGAUCUUGACAAAUUCUUUGACUGUCUCCAGAACUUGGUAGAUGAUGAUCACAGAGUUGUUGAAAAUAAAGAGAGCAAUUUCGAACGGAGUAAUAGUCUUGUCCAUGGCAAAGGCCAACAAUUUGCCCAAUUGGAGUACACAAACAGUGGUAUUAGCAAGAAAUCCUUGUCAUAUCUCCUAAAGAAGACAUUGUUCUGCAGCGCAGGAUUCGCAGCCCCUCCCCCACAUCCUUUGAGAGAUCCAGUACUUCCACAGUCUAAAAUUGAGAAAUCAAGGAUGGAAAAGAUUCUAAGGGCCAUACUACACAAAAAGAUAUAUCCUCAAGCAACCAGUCCAAGGGAUACUACCACAAGAAAGAGAUACUUAGACAAUAGGUGUGUGAUUGAGAGUUAUAGUGAAGAUGAAGCAUUUGAGAGUACUGUGAAGAAUGGGAGCAAAUGGGACAAGUCAGAUUCUGAUUUCAUUGUACUAGAGAUAUGAUUGGCCUAUUAGCCAGUUCUUGAAACAUGAGAUUGAUUUCUGUUUCAUUUGGAUAUGCAAAAUUCAGAUUCUUCUCAAGUUUUUUUUUUUUUUUUUGGGAAGAGUUGAAAGGAGCAAAACGUCCAUCUGCUACUGUUAUAUCACAAGAAGUACACAUUUCACUUGAUUUUUGCCAUGACUAGAUAAGGAUUUCUGUUUUUGUCAUGGUUGGAAAAGUUCAUCAGCUGAAGUUUCAAUAAAAGGGGAAAAUCUUGUAAUCUAAGCCAAGUGAAUGAGAAAUUGGAAUUGCUUCUUUGAUGCAA